AUGGUCCGUCUUUUAAAUAAUUUCACUCGAGUGUGUAAAACAACAGAAGAAGGAGAAGAAAUUUGUUCAUGUGAUUAUCGUGUAAACCUAUACGAUUGUCCACAUAGUGAAUUUUAUGUAUUAAUGGGAAAGAUAUUGAUAGCAUUAUGUACAUUAGCAACAAUUAUGUCUGGAGCAUUUUUAUUUUAUCUUAUCAAAAUUAAGAAGCAACCUUUCUUCUUGAAUAACUCCAGGGGAAGAGGAUGGCUGAGGCCUAGACCUUUGCAUUCUUAUCACUUGAUAGUGUUUACUUAUAUGUUUUUUGAAGGACUUCAUUUGAUAUUGUUGAUAAAUGAAUCAUAUCCAAACAUCAUAGCAGCCGAAAUUGGUAAUGUUAUGAUAAAUGUAUGUACUGGAGCUAUUUCUAUAUUGUAUCCCAUUAGUAUAGUAUAUUCCACACCAAACAUACGAAACGACUAUGAACAGUCGAAUAUCAGAAACUUCAGUAACGAACUAAAUCCACGUAUGGUUGACGCCAUUGGAAUCAUAUUAUUUUUGCAGCCGAUAAUCUCGUGGUUACCUUUAGCAUCAUUAACGGGACAUUACGCCGAAUUAAAUGAUAUAGAGAUGGCAAAUACUUUAUUUAUGGCUCAUUAUCUUGCUUAUGUAUUUUGGGAAAUUAUGUAUAUUAUGGUAUUAGCAUAUUUUUGGUUCAGGCUAAUGUCUGUAAUCAAAAAUCAUCUUAUGGUAUUAGAACAACAUGAUUCGAAUAAAAAACAGGUCAGAGGUAUCAAACGAGGCACCAAAAAUUUGACCAUACCAGUUAUGGCGAUAUUUUUUGGAUUAUUAUUACAGUCGAUUAUAUAUGUCAUUAUGAGUUUUACAUAUCGAAAUAAAUCAAUUUAUUAUUUUGUCUACAAUGUAUCUUAUUAUUGGAUGGAAUUUGUAUCUUUCCCAUUAUUGGGAAUAGGUAUUGAAAGUGCUUUAAUUUACAACACAUUCAUGAAUUUACGAAAGCCAACACAUUCUACUGGUUUAUUUUCAUCAUCAUCAACACACUCGAAAUCUAAUAUUGUAAAUAGUUUGAAUAGUAACGUUAUGGAUGAUCAUACAGCAAGUAAAUUUAGUGUUAUAGCUUCUCCAACAGUAAUUCAUUGUUCUGAAACAAUUGAAAUUCAAAUUUCGAAGUAA